AUUUUUUUCUUUCAAAUACAUACAACAUAUCAAAACACACACACACAUUUAUAUAUAAAAACAUGAGAAAUAUUAGCACGUUGUUGAGCUUAGCAACCAUAGUGGUUGCAUGUUCCAUAAUAUAUAACACAGAAAAGGUUUCAGGUCAAUGUGGAGGGAGUGUUCCAGCACUUAUAUCAGAAUGUGGACAAUAUGUGCAGAAAUCAGGGCCAAAGGUUCCACCAUCAGCAGAGUGUUGUUCUGAGUUGUUAAAGCUUGAUGUUCCAUGUGCAUGUAAUUUUGUUACUAAAGAUGUUGUCAACCUUAUUAGUGUUCCUAAGGCUCUCUUUGUUGCACACUAUUGUGGAAUGAAAUUAACACCUGGAAUGCAAUGUGGAGCCAUUAAGAUACCACCAAACUACUAAAAGGUCAUGAAGAUAUGAAGAGCCUAUCGAUCACUUAGCUUGAACUGCCAUGAGGAUAAUAAACAAUAAUAAAGUAUCUUCUGGUCGUAAAUUGGCAAUAAUAAUGAUCUUCUUAUUAAUUAAUUAGCAAAAAGUGUUCUUCUAUGUUGGCGAAGAACAAGAACAAUGUUUGAAUAAAAGCAUCCAUUAAAACAUGAUAUUUAUCUUGGUAUAAAUUGAUACAUGCAAGUUCAUGAU